CAAGUCCUUCACACUUUCCCAUUCCACCAUAAAGUCAAUUUUUUAUUCAUCUCUUAUAUAAUUUAAUCUUUUGCAACCAUCAUGGCUGAGGAAAAGCACCACCACCUUUUCCACCAUGAAGAAAAAAAGUCUGGCUUUGGUGAAGAAGUUGAUUAUAAAAAAGAAGAGAAACACCACAAGCAUCUUGAGCACCUUGGUGAGCUUGGUACUGCGGCUGCUGGUGCUUAUGCCUUGCACGAGAAGCAUGAGGCUAAGAAAGAUCCUGAACAUGCUCACAAGCACAAGAUAGAAGAAGAGAUUGCGGCCGCGACCGCUGUGGGAUCUGGUGGUUUUGCUUUCCAUGAACACCAUGAUAAAAAAGAAGCUAAGAAAGAAGAUGAGGAAGCUCAUGGAAAGAAGCACCAUCUCUUUGGAUGAAAAUGAUAAAUAUAACAAGCUCAAAAAGAGUACUUUGUGAUAAAUAAAAUCAAGCUAAAUAAAGUUUUUGAGUUAUAGUUUGGAGUGUUUAAUUCUCUAUAGUUUCUUUAUAUAUUUGCAUAUAUAUAAUAUGUGCUGUAUUAUUUGACCAAUAAUUCAUGGUUUAUAUAUAAAGUAAUGUAAGUGUUUGCUUGA